ACCUCCGCCAUGCUCGCAAGGUGUUCGACCAAUUUCCCCAACCAAAUGUUUUUUGUUGGAAUUCCAUGAUCAGAGGCUUCUCUCUAGUCCAACAUCCUUCCAAAGAGCCCAUUAUCCUAUACAAGGAGAUGAUCCGAAGGGGCUUCGCUUACCCGAAUAGUUAUACACUUGCCUUUGUCAUGAAGGCUUGCUCCAUUGUUUUGGCCUUUUGGGAAGGCAUGCAAAUUCAUUCCCAUGCUUACAAGCAUGGCCUUGACUCAAGCAUGUUUGUUCAAAAUGCAUUGUUGAACUUUUAUGCAAAGUGUGAGGAAAUUGACUAUGCGAGAUCGGUAUUUGAUGAGAUUCCUGAUAAGAAUUUGGUUGUGCGGAGUACUAUGAUCAGUGGUUAUGCAAGAGUUGGAUUGGUCAAUGAGGCUUUGGAGUUGUUUAGGGAAAUGCAAGAAGUGGGGAUCGAGCCGGAUGAGGUGACCAUGAUAGAGAGGGCGAGGAACAUGUUCAAUGAGAUGGAGGAGAAGGACACGAAAGCAUGGAGCUCGAUGAUUGUCGGGUUUGCAAUUCAUGGCCUUGUGGAUGAUGCUUUGGAGCAUUUCUCAAGGAUGUUAGAAUCAAAGGUGAAGCCUAAUCAUGUGACAUUCAUCGGUGUGUUAUCUGCGUGCGCUCAUAGUGGAUUGGUUGAUGAUGGACGACGAUUUUGGUCUGUCAUGCAUGAAUUGGGCAUUGAUCCAAUGAUAGAACAUUAUGGUUGCAUGGUUGAUUUAUUAUGCAGAACUGGCCAUUUGGAUGAAGCUUUUGUUUUUGUGAAUGACAUGCCCAUAUCUCCGAAUUCUAUAAUUUGGAGGACUCUUUUAAUGGGAUGCAAGAUCAGAGGGAGUUCAGAUAAGAUAGAGAUUGCAGCUGAACGGCUUCUUGAGCUAGAGCCACACAAUCCGGAGAACUAUGUUAUGCUCUCUAAUCUCUAUGCGUCGAGAGCUCAAUGGGAAGAAGUGAGCUACAUGAGAAAAAAGAUGAAAGACAGUGGUGCGAAAAUUGUUCCGGGAUGCAGCUGCAUUGAGCUUGAUGGCAUUGUGCACCGAUUUGUUGUGGGUGAUGAAUCACAUCCAGAUAUCAAAGAAAUACGAAAAGUGUUGAUCGAUGUGUCUGAGAGAGUUCACCGUGCAGGACAUGUGCCAUGGACUCGCGGAGUUCUACAUGAUGUCGCCGAAGAGGAGAAAGAAAUUGCACUUUGUGAGCAUAGUGAAAGAUUGGCAAUUGCCUAUGGACUGUUGAAAACUAAAUCGCCGACAGUGAUUCGGGUGGUGAAAAACUUGAGAGCUUGUGAUGAUUGUCAUGAGAUAACAAAAAUUGUGAGUAGAGUGUUUGAUAGGGAGAUAAUUGUAAGGGAUCGAGUUCGGUUUCAUCGGUUUGUUCAAGGGAGUUGCUCUUGUAAUGAUUUUUGGUGAUGUUUUUCUUCCACAUUUGUGAAUUGUUCCUGAUGAGAAGCACAUUGUU